AGCAGUCUUUCGAAAAGUAUCUCACACCUACCUGAGUGAGAAACUCAACAACCAAUAUCGAUUAAACUGAUUCAAAAAUUAAUUAUUUUCCGGAACAGAAUUAGUUGAAACGAGAAAUAGACAAACACACAGAGCUCUCGGUUAGAAUACUUGUAACUUUUAUAUUCAAUUUUCCUGGGACUGGCAACUAGAUUGUACAUCCAACGGUCACAACCGAUUUUCGAAAUGAGUAUCGUGGCUCAAGACCAUGUAUUUUUGUCCGCUUUGCAGCCCAAAACCGCGGUCAGCACUUACGCGGUCCCGUCCGAGAUGCAGCUCGGAGGGAAUGGGGCCACCCUGUCGGAUGAGAUGACCCGGGGAAAACGGGUCCAGCAGCAGGUUGCUAUGCGGCUCGCAGAGAAAUCAUCCACACUUCCGAGACAGAACGGCUCAGCCUCACACUAUACCUCCUCAGAACACGGCGGAUCUUCAACAAUGAAGUACCAGACCUUCAACCCAGGGUUCAGCUCCAAGUCCUACGUCUACACAGGCUCCAGACCUGUCAUGGCUCCCAAUAUGUCUCACUACUUAGGCGGUUUCUCCUCCCACUCGGCGAUGGACCUGGGAGGUGGUCAGAGGGUCACCAUGGGAGGUGGAGGAAGAGGUGGAGGUGGAAGAGGAGGAGGUGGAGGAGGAGGUGGAGGGUACAAGUACCUUGAUGACAUGCGCACAGGAGGGGGUUCCCUAGGAGGAGGGGGCUACCAGGGAGGAGGGGUCUACCGGGGAGGAGGAGGGGGCAACAUGAGGGGCCAACAGAUGUCCACUGUGAUCCGGACGAUGAGCCGUGGCCCUGGGCCAGACCCAGAGGCCUCUCUGCGUUCCAUGAGGCUCCAGAACCUGCCUGCACAGCCGUCUCCGGUGGCAGCCUGGGUGGCUGCAGACGUCAACGAUGGCCUGUUCUCAGACCGCGAUGCCACAUUCAGCCGCCAGCAGUCUGUCUACAGCACUGUUAGCGGAGGAGCCUACAGCUCAGGGACUCAAAUGAGACAGGCAGGAGGAGGAGGAAUAGGAGGACAGGGGUCCAUGGUACCCAUGAGGCGCUCACUCAGCGGGACACUAGCCCAGAGCGGAGGGGAGAUGAUGGGGGGAGAGGAGAUGAUGUCAGUCCAGCAGCAUUCCUUUAAAGGACCAGCGUUUCGCACCAUCAACAGGAUCAACAACAGGAACAACAGGAUGUCCAUGGGAUCCACUUCCGGGGCGUCUACCUUCCCCCCCGGGGGGAACAGCUGCGUCGGUGGGGGGGAUGGAGGAGGUGGGUUCGUGAUAGGCCAGGUGUCGUCGGAGUCUCAGGGGAAUCUGAUGAUGAUGCAGCAACAGAGACAGGCCUCUCUUCCCAGGACCAUGUCUGUCAAGAGCAUUCACAGUGUCGGGAAGGGUAUGGACAUCUACGACGGACAGAUGGACAUGACUGGCAGCAUAGGAAACCUCAGUGGGAUUAAUAACUUGGACAUGGACACAGCGGUGAGGUACCUGAAAGAGGACGAUGCUGACAUGCAGGUUCUGGGAGCAGCUUAUAUUCAACACGAAUGCUACAAAAACAGCGAUUCCAAGAACCAGGUGCGGCAAUAUAAGGCCAUCCCGGAGCUGGUGAGGCUGUUCAACAGUGAUAACCAGGAGGUGGCUCGCUACGCCACAGGGGCUAUGAGGAACGUCAUCUAUGAGAACAUGGACAACAAGAUGUCUCUCAUCGAGGAGGGAGGAAUUCCACAGCUCAUAAAUGCUCUGAAGGAGAAUGACGACGAGCUACGCAAGAACAUCACAGGUAUUCUGUGGAACCUGUCAUCCAAAGACAACCUGAAGGAGAAACUGGCCAAGGAGACGCUAGCUGAGCUCACAGAGACGAUCCUGAUCCCGCUCUCAGGAAGUGGAGACUCUAAGGUCAUCCAGCAGAGCCCCUCUGAGGUCGACAUCUUCUACAACACCACCGGAUGUCUCAGGAACCUGAGCUCAGUGAAUGAGAAGACCAGACGUCAGAUGCGCGAGACCAACGGUCUGGUGGAUGCCCUGGUAGGAUACAUCCAGGCCUCGGUACAGGAUGACAAGGUGGAGGAAAAGGGUGUGGAGAACUCUUUAUGUGUUCUGAGGAACCUCUCCUACCAACUGUACAGUGAGAUCCCGCCCUCAGCCCAGCUACGUCUGGAAGGACCAACCAGAGGCCAGGAAACAAGCAGGAGUGAAGCCAUUGGUUGCUUUACCCCUCAGAGCAAGAAAGUCAAAGAUAGGAAGAACCAGGACAUGGCUACGUUCACGGAGGUGGCCCGCGUACCCAAUGGUCUGGAGUGGCUGUGGCACCCCCAGGUGGUGGGGCUGUAUAACAGCGUGCUGCAGGGCUGUGAGAAUAACUCCACAACCCGCGAGGCUGCAGCCGGGGCUCUGCAGAACAUCACCGCAGGAGACAAGAGGUGGGCAGAGGUGCUGAGUCAUGUGGCUCUGGAGCAGGAGAGGAUGCUUCCUGUGAUGUUGGACAAACUGAGGACCAAUAAUGACCUGGAGCUGAGAUCCCUCACCGGCUUCCUCAGAAACCUGUCACGCCAUGCCAAGGACAAGAACGCCAUGGCCACAAAGGUAGUGAACAACCUGGUGACCGAACUGCCUGCUGACGGUCAGCAGAAGGAGCCGUCGAGCGACGUGGUGGUCAACAUCUGUGGAACGUUGAACAACCUGGUGACCUCCAGCUCCAUCGCAGCCCGGGACAUCGCCUUCUUCAACGGGCUGCAGAAACUAGUGGCCAUUAAGAACUCCCACGACAGCAGCCCUGGGAAGCUGAAAGCAGCCAAAGCAGCGGCCACAGUCCUCAGCAACAUGUUCCAAUACAAGAAACUGCACAAGGACUACAAACAGAAAGGAUUCACACGACCUGACUUUGCAGACGUGACCAUCUGAAAAGGAACUCUCUUUCUGUCAAGUGGCUGGAAACACGUGAACACUUCAGUGAUCAAGAACCGUCUGUCAAACUGAGAACAAGGAGUUAGAUGAACUACACUACAGAGUUAGAUGGACUACACUACAGAGUUAGAUGGACUACACUAUAGAGUUAGAUGGACUACACUAUAGAGUUAGAUGGACUACACUAUAGAGUUAUAGAUGGACUACACUACAGAGUUAGAUGGACUACACUAUAGAGUUAGAUGGACUACACUACAGAGUUAGAUGGACUACACUACAGAGUUAGAUGGACUACACUACAGAGUUAGAUGGACUACACUAUAGAGUUAGAUGGACUACACUAUAGAGUUAGAUGGACUACACUAUAGAGUUAUAGAUGGACUACACUACAGAGUUAGAUGGACUACACUACAGAGUUAGAUGGACUACACUACAGAGUUAGAUGGACUACACUAUAGAGUUAGAUGGACUACACUAUAGAGUUAGAUGGACUACACUAUAGAGUUAUAGAUGGACUACACUACAGAGUUAUAGAUGGACUACACUACAGAGUUAGAUGGACUACACUAUAGAGUUAUAGAUGGACUACACUAUAGAGUUAGAUGGACUACACUAUAGAGUUAGAUGGACUACACUAUAGAGUUAUAGAUGGACUACACUAUAGAGUUAGAUGGACUACACUAUAGAGUUAGAUGGACUACACAAUAGAGUUAGAUGGACUGCACUAUAGAGUUAUAGAUGGACUACCCUACAGAGUUAGAUGGACUACACUAUAGAGUUAUAGAUGGACUACACUAUAGAGUUAGAUGGACUACACUAUAGAGUUAGAUGGACUACACUAUAGAGUUAUAGAUGGACUACACUACAGAGUUAGAUGGACUACACUACAGAGUUAGAUGGACUACACUACAGAGUUAGAUGGACUACACUACAGAGUUAGAUGGACUACACUACAGAGUUAGAUGGACUACACUAUAGAGUUAGAUGGACUACACUAUAGAGUUAGAUGGACUACACUAUAGAGUUAGAUGGACUACACUACAGAGUUAUAGAUGGACUACACUACAGAGUUAGAUGGACUACACUAUAGAGUUAUAGAUGGACUACACUAUAGAGUUAGAUGGACUACACUAUAGAGUUAGAUGGACUACACUAUAGAGUUAUAGAUGGACUACACUAUAGAGUUAGAUGGACUACACUAUAGAGUUAGAUGGACUACACAAUAUAGUUAGAUGGACUGCACUAUAGAGUUAUAGAUGGACUACACUAUAGAGUUAGAUGGACUACACUACAGAGUUAGAUGGACUACACUACAGAGUUAGAUGGACUACACUACAGAGUUAGAUGGACUACACUACAGAGUUAGAUGGACUACACUAUAGAGUUAGAUGGACUACACUAUAGAGUUAGAUGGACUACACUAUAGAGUUAGAUGGACUACACUAUAGAGUUAGAUGGACUACACUAUAGAGUUAUAGAUGGACUACACUAUAGAGUUAUAGAUGGACUACACGACAGAGUUAUAGAUGGACUACACUACAGAGUUAGAUGGACUACACUAUAGAGUUAGAUGGACUACACUACAGAGUUAUAGAUGGACUACACUACAGAGUUAGAUGGACUACACUACAGAGUUAGAUGGACUACACUACAGAGUUAGAUGGACUACACUACAGAGUUAUAUGGACUACACUACAGAGUUAUAGAUGGACUACACUACAGAGUUAGAUGGACUACACUACAGAGUUAGAUGGACUACACUACAGAGUUAGAUGGACUACACUACAGAGUUAGAUGGACUACACUACAGAGUUAGAUGGACUACACUACAGAGUUAGAUGGACUACACUACAGAGUUAGAUGGACUACACUACAGAGUUAGAUGGACUACACUACAGAGUUAGAUGGACUACACUACAGAGUUAGAUGGACUACACUAUAGAGUUAUAGAUGGACUACACUACAGAGUUAUAUGGACUACACUACAGAGUUAGAUGGACUACACUACAGUUAGAUGGACUACACUACAGAGUUAGAUGGACUACACUACAGAGUUAGAUGGACUACACUACAGUUAGAUGGACUACACUACAGAGUUAGAUGGACUACACUAUAGAGUUAUAGAUGGACUACACUACAGAGUUAUAUGGACUACACUACAGAGUUAGAUGGACUCUAAAGAAAGUGACAAUAAAGAUGGAACCUGUAUAGGGACGACCUUGAUGUUGUUCUAUGAUGCCAACGGAUCCUCACCUUGUUUUACCGCCGUAUGUAUUAAAUGCUGUAUGUCUGAAUGUUGUAUGUGGAACGCUGUAUGGACUUUAUGGUGGAUUCAGGGACUCUUUUUUUUCUCUCUUAAUGCAACCAAUCAUACUGCUGUAACUAUUCAUGACUCUUACAGUUUCUCCUGCCCCACCCAGAAAUGGUUUGGCAUCAAUCAACAAAUCAUACUGCUGUAACUAAUCAUGACUCUUAGAGUUUCUCCUGCCCCACCCAGAAAUGGUUUGGCAUCAAUCCCCAAAGACCUCUGUGCUCCGUUAUGUUAACCUGGUCCCAGAUCUGUUUGUGCUGUACAGCCAACUCCUAUGGUCAUUGUCACAAGACGGCACACAACUGAUCUGGGACCAGGCUACUAUUUCGUAGCUUAACACUGACCUGGUACCAAAGCAGCUGUUACAGCCCCCACCCAUGACUGACUACAGAUAGCAGCUACUGUAAGGGACGGCUUGCCCUGUGGAAUGAAACUGUUCUCUUUCAUACACCAUCGAUGGUGCUUGUACUAAGUGGUUUAAUUAUUGAUGUUGUUCAUUGUGUUUUUGUAUUUGUUUUUUUUUGUGUUGUCUAGGGGGUUUAUUUCUCAGACAAAACCAGAGUUCAUCACUGAUAAUUAUAAUGAGUUAUAAACCAGAAUAUCACAGCGUUAUAAUGAGUUAUAAACCAGAGUAAUCACUGAGAGUUACAAUGAGACAUAAAUUAGAACUUGAAUGAAUGUUUUUAUGAAUGUGUGGGGGGAAAAACUUCUGACACCUGCAUGAAUGUCCUGGGUAUUAUAAUUCAGCUUUACAGGAGCGUCAUGACGUAGCCAUGAAUGUCCUGGGUAUUAUAAUUCAGCUUUACAGGAGCGUCAUGAAGUAGCCAUGAAUGUCCUGGGUAUUAUAAUUCAGCUUUACAGGAGCGUCAUGAAGUAGCCAUGAAUGUCCUGGGUAUUAUAAUUCAGCUUUACAGGAGCGUCAUGAAGUAGCCAUGAAUGUCCUGGGUAUUAUAAUUCAGCUUUACAGGAGCGUCAUGAAGUAGCCAUGAAUGUCCUGGGUAUUAUAAUUCAGCUUUACGGGAGCGUCAUGAAGUAGCCUACAUGUUGAAUAUAGAUUUAUGAAUGGAUCCUUCCUUGUUUUCAACAACGUUCGUUUUACAAGUUAAGCGGAUUUGUCAUAUCAAACUCAUGUGUCAAUGCAAUGUUUUAAGUUGAUCACUUGCCAUGACAUACUGUUUGUUUUAAUGUCUGGGGUGUUGUCCUGUAUUUUAUGGAUUCUGUCAACAAACAUAGUCCAAUAUUUAUGUUUUUAAGGCUUUUUUGGGGGGGAGCAUGCGUUCGUUGUUAUUCUCUUUAAGAGAAUGCUGCAAUAUCGGAUUUGUCUCUUACGCAUAAUGUAAAUAUAACAUGUUUUGUAAACAGAGCAUACAAGUGCAAUGGGGUCCCAAAUUAUUGACAUCCUUGAUAAAGAUGAGUAAAACUAACUGCAUAAAAGACAUAAUUCAUAUGCAACUUGGGAACUUGGCUUUGGGUCUCCUAUUGCACAGUGUUAGUCUUAGAAUUGGCCCCUGUCAUUCUAAGCUGAGACAUGCUCAUUAGCUUUUUAGCUAUUCUGAAAGGUAACCUUAUGGGCUUUCUGUUUCAAUGACAAUCAUACAAUACAGCAUUUGACAUUUUACAAUGAUUUUAUAGAGUCAUUUUUGCUCAUCUUUAACAAGGGUGUCACUAAUUGUGGACCGCACUGUAUUUAACUAAGACCUUCCUCCUGAAAGGUCUUGUUUAACUCUAUUUUUGGUAUUGAUAUAUAUAUAUAUAUAUAUAUAUAUAUAUAUAUAUAUAUAUAUAUAUAUAUAUAUUCAAUGGGUAAAUAUAAAGCAAAGUUAUAUAUUUUAACUCUAUUCUCUUCGUAAAGUAUGUUCUAAUGAAUAUUGGUAUUAGAAUAACAUGAAUGUUUUGAUAAAAUAUAUUUCAUGCAGACAUCUGAUCUGCUGUGUCUAUAAUUGGACCAUGAGACUACUCUUAACUCUAUCUACCAUAUGGAAAACCUAUUUGUUUAUUUUUAUGUCGUGCUUUUUUAACUGUUCACUGUGGAUGUGUGUCAAAUAAACAUCAUAUUUUAUAACUAAUAAAGACAAAAGUAAUUGUUA